AUGCCGCCAUUUUGCAAGAUAGCUGUUAUACAGCUCUAUGUGAAGCCCCUCAAGCCCGAAGACAACUUCGCCCGCGCCGCGAAGUUCAUUCGCGAAGCCGCAGCGCAAGGAUGUCAACUAGCCGUCCUGCCCGAAUUUCACUUAACAAACUGGAUCCCGACAGAUCCCCGCUUCGCCUCACUUUGUGAAGAUUGGGAAAUCUAUUUAAAUCGAUAUCAAUCACUCGCGAAAGAAUGUGAUAUCUGCAUUGUUCCCGGGUCAAUCGUCCGACCCAUAUCUCCAUCAAUAUCCACAGCCAAACCCGACCAGAAAAUCGCAGAACCAAACCUAGAAAACGCCACCUUCUUCAUCUCAAACACCGGCGAAAUCUUAGGAACAUACGUAAAAAAGAACCUCUGGCGCGGAACAGAACGAACCUACCUCCGCUCCUCCUCAGCUCCACAUGAGGUAAUCCAAACCCCCCUAGGGCCGGUCGGACUCCUCAUCUGUUGGGACCUUGCCUUCCCCGAAGCAUGGCGCGAACUAACAUCCGCCGGCGCGAAAAUCAUCAUCGUGCCUACAAUGUGGAUGCGCAAUGGUGCCUCCGAGGCAGGCGGUGCCCAGAAUCCAUCUGCCUCGCUCCUGUUUGUGGAUAGUAUCUUGACAGCGCGCACGUUCGAGAACACCUGUGCUGUUGUAUUCGCCAAUGCGGGCGGAUCACCUGGGAAGGCUUAUUGCGGUCUUUCGCAAAUUAACAUUCCCUAUGCGGGGCCGUUGGUGAGGCUGGGUACUUCCACCGAAGGUAUGGGAGUGGCGACGCUUGAUAUGGCGGUUAUGGAGGAUGCGGAGAAGAACUAUGGGAUUAGAGCUGAUAUGGCGGAUCCUGAUUGGUGUUAUAGACACACGCUUAGAGAAACUGAGGCUCCUAAGGGCAAGUUGUAG